CAGCUGUGGACUGUGGGACUCCUCCGUCUAUUACCAAUGGAUCUCGUGGGAUACCAACAACCACAACAUUCACAGGGACAGUGACCUACAGCUGUAAUGAUGGCUAUGCACUCUUUGGGAUUGCUACAAGUACUUGUCAGGCAAAUGCAACCUGGAGCAGACCACCAGAAUGCAGAGGCACUGUACAUUUAUUAGUCUGUCCUGAUCUGAUGGAUCUAGUCAAUGGAAGUAUUGCUUAUGAUAUGGAGACCAUUGACGACAGACCAGUAGACACUGUGGCCACCUACACCUGUAACACUGGCUACACUCUCAUUGGAGACAGCACUAGGACUUGUGGGAGUGAUGAAUUGUGGAGUGGAUCGGAUCCAACGUGUGAAGUUCUUAUGUGUCCUCCUCUACCAGCCAUUAUUAUCAAUGGCAUGAUCUCCUACUCUCCUGAUGUUACCACUGACUAUGACCUGGGAACUAUAGCAACCUACACUUGUGAGACUGGGUUCUAUCUUGAGGGUAAUGAGGUACGAGUGUGUAUGGAUGAUGAUGGAAUGGACGCCAUUGGAGUGUGGAGUGGUGAGGAGACAAGCUGUGUCCCCAUUCAGUGUCCUACUCUUAAACCAAUUCCCAAUGGAUACAUCACCUACACUCCCAACACCACACCUGACUAUGAUCUGGGCACUGUGGCCUCAUAUGCCUGUGACCCUGGGUUUGUUCUGGACCUCUCCCUAGGGGGAUCUGAGAUGAUAACUUGUGUGGAUGAUAAUGGACUGGAUGCUAUUGGAGUGUUUGAUAGACAGUCUCCAAUAUGUGUCUCUAUCGGGUGUCUUGUUUUGCCCAUUUUCGCCAAUGGAAUAAUCACCUAUGCCACAGAUGUGACCCCUGACUUUGACCUGGGUACUACAGCAACUUAUAGCUGCAAUGAUGGCUACACUUUAGAUCUCUCUACUGGUGAUGAAGUGAGGACGUGUAUUGACGAUGGAAACAAUGAUGCUGUGGGAAUGUUUAGUGGUCAGGCACCUGCUUGUGUUUCCCUCCCUCCUCCUGUACACUCAGUGUUGUUCCAGCUCAGACUCACCAACAUCAACAAUUGUCCUGACUGGGUGGACCAGGAUGGGAGGAUAGAAGCUGUAAUGAAUGCGUUUGCUGCAGAGGUGGAGAAUCACUGUGGGUGUGGUUUUUCAAGCAUGGUCAUGACUGCCCCUCUCUUCCGCUGCUUCCCUGGGUCGGACAGAGCUGUCACAUUCCGAGCCACUCUAACCGAUUCCAGGCUCCUGACUCCCAUACAGGACUGGAUACAAACCAAUGGAUUCAUUCCCAUUCAGAAUGUACUGAUUGAGGUAGACAAGUCUUGUCAGUUGCAGAUAUCGAGCCUUGCAGACACAGAGUGUACCACCAACCGGCCUGCAGCUGCAGGGAGCAGUGACCUAGCCACUGUGGUUGGUGGAGUGGUGGGAGGAGUUCUUAUUAUUGUAGUUGGCGUUACAAUUGUUGUCAUAGUGAUUGCUGUACUGGUGUUCAAGAGCAGGAGAGAGAAGCUUACAGUCAACAAAACAACGAAACAUGAUCUACCACCAGUGUCGCUAAAGGGUGUGGUCAGUACUGGUGAGAUACAAUUAUACGAGAUAAUGGAAAUGGGUCACGAAUACGAGGAAGUUUCCAAGUUCCAACGAGUUGUCGAUGGAGAGUAUGAGAUCAUUGGAGCAUCCUCACAGACAACUGGCUCCGAGAGCAAAACUCCUAUAAAGAUGGAGCUAUCACUGCCCACUCCACCCACACCACAAUCCUCACAAGCAACUAAAGUUGCCGGAAAUGAUAUUGAGUUUACAGAGUGUGUUGCUUACAGCACGACCACCCACAGUCACCCCCCACAGCCCACAGGCUUAUGAGAACUAUAACAUGAAACUGCAAACUGAGUUGACUGCUCUAUAGUAAUUGUUAAAGAUAAUUUACAUUCAUUUGCUUGUAUAUAUUUGCAUGGCUAUUACAUAUUUAUGUUCAAAAGA